AUGAAGCGCGCAUUACAAGAAAUUCAAAAUAUCUUGCAAGAAGAUAUUCCUUCGGAUCCCAAAAGUUGUGUGGAGUUGGAUGCAGACUGUGGCUCAGAACCAGACUUUGAUCAAGCCCCCGAAUUCACCCUUGGUAAUGACACUACCGCUGUGCAGACAUUCAAUGACAACUUUGACUCGGAUGAUUAUAUACCUCUGGCUAAUUUUAUAAGUACCGCUACUACCUCUGCUUCUACUUCUCAACCACGUGAUGAUAUUUCUUCGACAUUUCGGCCACCGAAAUGGAAAAAAAGCUACGCUAUGAAACUGCCUGGUACUUUUUGUGAGAUUUCUGGUAUUCCUAAACAUAUUCAAAGCAUGGAAAAUAUAACGCCUCUACAACUUUUUCGCUUGUUUUGGACAGAGGAUUUGCUAGAAAUAAUCAGCUUUCAAACCAACUUAUACGCUGCUCAAACUGGUAAAAACUAUAAACCGACUACUCCUGAAGAGAUUGAUGUGAUUCUGGCUCUAAAUUUGGUUAUGGGUAUUAAAAAGCUACCAAGCUACAAAGGUUAUUGGGCAUCUGCACCUGAUCUACAUGAUAGCUAUAUCUCCUCUUUUAUGCCUUUGAACAGAUUUGGGUGGCUUUUGAAUCAUAUUCAUUUGAACGAUAAUAGCUUGAUUCCUUCUAGACAGAGUCCCAACUUUGAUAAAUUGUAUAAAAUUCGUCCUUUGUUGGAUAUUAUUCGAAGAAACUUCCGCGCUAAUUAUGAGCCUUCAGAAAAAGUUGCAGUAGACGAAAGUAUGAUAAAAUUUAAAGGACGAUCUUCUCUGAAGCAGUACAUACCAAAAAAAUUGAUCAAACGGGGCUAUAAAGUUUGGAUGAAGUGUGCUGAGUCUGGUUACUGUCUCAAUUUUCAAUUAUAUACAGGCAAACAAGAAUACAAUGUAUAA